AGUUUGCUCUUGUACGAUCUUAUGUGAGGUUACCCUUCACAUCCCUCUACACUAACUCCCUUCGAGAUACCCCUUUUUUCCAAUUUUCUCCUUUACUUUGUCUCCCUUUCAUUUUCAUCAUCAUCUGUUUUUCCGCUACUAAAAAAAAAAACUCGCUAAGAAUUAUUCGUGUGUGUGUUUCGUAAAAGUUAAAAGUUUUAAAAGUCAGAAACAAUCUUUCUGUUGCUGUUGAACAAAUCUAGAAAUUUAUUUUGAAUGGGUGAUCAUGACUACAAGAUAUUGGAGGAUAUUAAUGUCAUUAUUGCUGAUAGUUGGAUGUGUUUCAGAAUCUCAGCAACUCAUCAUCAAAAACAUCAGUGGUCCAUCCGCUGUGAAAGUUGGCGAUGUCGAUCACGUAAUCCUCGACUGCGACUAUGCCCUGGAAAACACCUCGAGCCAGGGAUUAGUAGUCAAGUGGUUCUUCAAUGACAACCAAUUAGUUUACCAAUGGAUCUACGGCAGAAGUCCUGCAGCUGACGAACCAGUUGCAAAAUACAUUGAUAUAAUGUACAAAGCUAGCGAUGAUCCCUUAACUAAGUAUCGAGCUAUGAAACUGAAUAAACCAGGAAUCGAUUUAACGGGUGAUUACACAUGUAUAAUAUCAACAUUUGCAGACGAACGGAUGGCAAACAUAUCUAUGGUGAUGUAUUGUAAGUAUCUCUCUGUCU